GGAAAUCUGCUGCCCCAAAUCACAGCGAGGAAUUAUUGUUCAAACGACCAUGCUCUGAAUUCAGACAACCCCAUCGCAACCGGAUUGAUUGUAAUAGUUGACCAGCCCUAAUUCUGGCUCCUGGCGCGGACAUAUAUAACAUAGCACCUGGUGGCCCGGUGCUUUUUUUGAGCCAUGGCUGCCUCGAAAGAAAGCAUGCCAUCCAAACCAGAGGAUAUCGAAACGCGCUCCAUAUUUUCAAUGCAAGAACUAGACCCAUCGCCAGUCCAAGAUGAGUUUCCAGACCUCGAAUCUGGCGAAUACUUCCCCAGAGAACCAAGUCCGCCAUCGGCACGCGAGCCCAUCGCCGGAGGUGGUCGGUUCUCAUCGCUCAAGUUAGGUCUUCGCGGACACAGUUGGGAUUCCUGGUGUAUGGCUAAGUAUAUGCAAGCUAUUGUGAUAAUGGCAAGAAUAUACGUUGUUCCUAGGAGCUAACAAUGACCUCAAUAUUUCCAGUGUCUGCCUUCCAACGAUACUCGACGUAUCCACCAACCCUAUUCCUUGCAUUGCACUGGGCCAAUACCUCUCUCAUCCCUCUGGCUACUCGAUCCGUACCUGAUAGCGAGAGCUUCAUACUUCUCACCAGACCCGUCUAUCAAUCUCCGGGCCUCGAACAUCUCGUCCUGACCGCGCCUGUUCUGAUUCAUAUUGCGUCCGGAAUUGCUUUGCGCAACAUUCGCUCCGCACGGCGGGCGCGACUCUAUGGUGCCGAGACAAGGUCACAGAGACACUCGUUGACGUUUUGGCCUCGGAUGAGUCUCCAAGCUCGGUUGGGAUAUUCGUUGGUUCCGUUACUUGGCGCCCAUGUGCUCGUCAACCGCAUCACUCCGUUAAUGGUCGAUGGGGGAAGCUCAGGAGUCGGGCUGGGUUAUGUGGCCCACGGCUUUGCACGGGCCCCCGCACUCUGGAAUCUAUACUAUCUGUUAUUCGUCGCUGUUGGGGUGUGGCACUUCGUCGGCGGCUGGGCUGCAUGGAUGGGCUGGAGAGUAACAACGGUCCGGAAAGAACGUGACCGAAAAAAGGGCUCCCUAGAGGGUUAUCUGGGAGCCUCGGAAAGUGAGCAACGACUCCGCCGACAGAGGAAAAUGUGGUGGACGGUCAACGGCAUUGCCGCGGUGGGAGCAUCCAUAUGGCUUGCAGGCGCCCUGGGCAUCAUCGGGCGUACGGGGCAAGGUUAUGGCUGGGAGGCCAAGGGAUGGAAUGAAAUCUAUAGCCAGGUCCCCGUUAUUGGGUCCUGGCUCUGACCCAAUUGAUUCGGACAAACAUAGUUUGGGGACACAUAUCUCUCCGUCGCCUGGCUGACUAGACGCGAUAAAUCAUUUUUGGUCUAGCGGUUAGUGCUUCGACACAUAAUAUUUCAAGGGCGGGAGUAACGGCCGAUAUGAUUGUAUAAUAAGCAAGAAGCAAGAAUUAAUGUUAAUGACAGCUCUGAUAGAAUGUGAAGAGGG